CACAUGAUUUCUCCAAACUAGAAUUAUACAAUGAUCAAAAAAUUUAAAAAUACAGGCUAGAACAAUAUAUACUGCAUAAUGCAACACAUUUGUAAUAUUAUUCUACCAAUUUUUUCUCAAAUCAGAAAAUUAUCCGGCGAAAGGGGGGGUGUUGCGAACCAUUACCUGCGGUCUACGCAUAGGACCUAUUUCAGAACGUUCAGAACGAACUCAAUAUGGCAUAACUGCGUCGCUUGUUUACAUCACCUAACCUCACUUUCUUCUUAUACAAAAGUAACAGGGUGUACUGAAAUAUAUUCAUAAAUAUUUAUUAUGUCACAGACAAACAGUAUAAAUGAUAAGAAGUUAGCAGACAUAAACAAAGAGAUUUUUGAAUUCAAGAAAAAGAUACAACUGUCUGAGGGUCGGCGCAAAGCACAUUAUGAAGAACUGGAUGGGGAGAAGAAGAGGAACAAGGACAGAGUAAAACAGCUGAAGAAGGAGAUAGAGGAUUUGCAUGUACAGCUGUCAAGCACUGGGCAGCACACUGACAGCAUUCUGAGGGCCAGCAAGGAGUUGGGUGCUUUGCGUAACAAGACAAGUGAUGAGGUCACCGUGAUACUCGACUGCAAGGCAAGUGACCUCAAGAAGAAGCUUGAUUGGCUGCAUCAUGAGUCAGACAAGUGUGAGAAGAAGCUCAAACUGCUGGCAGAUGAGUACCACACCCUCCUGAACAGGAAGGCCAUGCGCCAGGAGAAGCAGCAUGCUCAGGCUGUGAAGUCUGUGGAAAUCUGCUCGUUGGAGAACCAGAUACAUCGAGUAGAAAUGAACUUGAUGGAGGCGGAGCAUGUAAGGAAGAAGUAUCAGAUCAUACAGGGCAGCUUGCUGGAUGAUAGUGUUGCCUUUGAGAGCUCAUUAGUGAAGAUUGAGGAGGCUAUCAGGAAGCAAGAAUCAGAAAUAAGACAUUUGAAGGCAGUAUAUGGUGAGGCACUUGGCUUGCGGGACGCAACAAAGGGCACACUGGUGAGACAAGAGCUCAGUGCAGUGAACAUGGCCAAAGUCAGAGAGAAGGAGGUUCAGGACCUAAGAUUUCAAGUGGAUGAACAAAGAAUAGAACUGGAACAUCUUGAGCGCAGAAUUUUCCCUAUAGGGCGUGCAUUAGUGCAUCAAGACUCUGCAUGUUCGUUAGAAGGUGUGCCAUCAGCAGCAGAUGAUUCCACACUCAAGAUGACCACACAGUUAGAACAGGCGUUUGAGAAGCUGAAGGCAGUGACAGGAGAGACAGAUGUUGAGGAUGUAUUCAAGAGGUUUGUGUCACAGAAGGAGACUCUGUCACGGUUGUCAUACUUGCGAAACAUCACAGAGGAAGAGAAGCAGGAGUUACAGAAGCAGAAGGACUUCAUGGUCACUGAGCUAGAAGCAUUCAAGUUUGCAGAAGUGAAGGACAAUGAACAGAAUGCAGAUGAGCGUGAGAAGCUGAAGCUGCAGAUCCAAGAGGAGGAGGACAGGAAGCAGAGGUUGGACAUGGAGGUUCACAAGGUGAUGGAACAGCUGUGUGUCAUCAGCAGUGUUCUUCGUUCCUUCUGCACCAAGCUGCAGGGUGUCAGUGGAAUUGCACCACCUCCAGAGUCUGAGGACAUCACAGAGACACUAAGCAGCCAGAUAAAGUGUGUGAUGGACCGCAUUGGACAGGGGGAUGAAUAUGACAGAAGGGUGGAACAGGUGCAGGAGAAGUUUGAGGGACUGACACUCCCAGUGAAAGUCACACCAGAGGUACUGGACUCUAAGCUACCUGCUACAUUAGUUGCCACUGAAACAGAAGAUGAAGAUGAGGUGCCCACGAGGGGCUUCUUGAAGAGGCAAGCCCAGAUAAUUGUGGAUGCCAAGUCUCGCCACAAACAGUUCCCAAUGGCUGCCAGGGCCAAGAAGACUCUGACACUCAAAUGAACUGUCUACGUAACAUAGUUUAGUAUCAUUUCACUCACUCAGCGUGUACCACGUCACAUGGCAGGGUGGUUAGUGAAUGAUUUGGAAAGAAUGCGGAAGUCAUGGUCUAAACUGAACUACUAUCCCAACAUUUGCUUGGGGUAGGAUCAGUGAAAAUAGCUGGCCUCUGGGAUGAGAUCUGAACCUGGGACCACUUGAAUACAAAGUAGGACUGCUACCCACUUACUGCAAUAGUUGGUUCACAAGCUAUUAAAAUUAUAAUUUAUAGGAUGUAUUUUCAAUUUGGUGGUCUAUGUAAUAUAAACAUAGACAUUAUUCAAUGUAACAUUAAAAAAUGGAGCAGGCAUUAAGACCGUCAUGCCUACUCAAACUACAGCUUGAUAGUUGACUAUGCAGUAUCAACUACUCAGGCUACUUAUCACUGUACAUAAUAUAUAUGAAUAGUUGUUUCACCACUCUCUUAUUUUGAGACCACUUAGCAAAUGGGUGUUGCUGUGCCAUCAGGUGGCUCAGAGUCCUGGUCCCAGUGCUCCAUUGCAGUGCGUAAACACUGGCACAAUCUGUUCAGCUCUUGCAGCAAGACUGUUAGAACAUUAUGAAACUCUGUCUUCCAGUAUGACCCAGAAACAGAACAGCUAAGUCUCCAAGAUUCUGGCCCAUUUUUUAUUUGUAACGAGAUUUUGCAAUGGCAAGAUUCAACCAGACAAGAAGAGUGACAAACUUUUGUAAAAUCCAAUCUCUCGUUCAUGAGUUCACUGAUACCUAUGCUAAAUGUUACAAUCCAGCUGUUUGUUGUCACUGUGCUUUCCAAUGGGGAGUUAUUUCUGAGUAAUGAGGGACGUUCAAAAGUUUCUGCACUUUUUAUUUUACAACUCUCUUUUACUGGUGAUUACAAAAACAAAAUCAUUUUUCUACAUAAUCACCCUGCUUUUUCAACACAUUUUUCCUAGCAUUCUACCAUUCUACCAAGACUUUGAUCGCGCAUGUAGUCACUGAUGCAUUACAUUGAAAUCUUGUCUCCUAGAGCUUCUUUAAGAAGUCCAAAAAGGUGAAAAUCAGAUGGCACCCAAUCUGGAUGUUCCAUGACUUCUCACUUCAGUUUCCUAAGGGUUUCCAACAUGCAGGGUGCAGUAUGGGCACUGAUAUUAUUGUGCAACAGGACACUCUCUGACAGUCUCCCUCUUAGAGCAGAUUGCAGGCUUCAGCCCUCUCUGAAGCAUGUCACAACAGGUUCCACAUAGGUCUCAAGAACAGGCCCUUGAGAAUCCCAGAUGGUCAACAUCAACUUACAUGCCGAUGGUUGCAUCUUGAAUUUCUUUGCGACAGGAGAUUAUGGAUGAUUCCAUUGCAUGCUCUUCAGCUUUGUUUCUGGUUGAUAGUUGAAAACCCAGGUUUCAUCACCUGUGAUGAUGUGUUACAGAAAGUUGUCACCUUCUUUGCGAUAAUGAGCCAAGUGGUGGGAACAAAUGUGUAAGUGCAUGCGCUUAUGCUCAUCCCUCAGUUCCUUACAUACCCGCCUAGUGUACGCUUUAUGGAACUGAAGGUUAUUAUGCACCACAUAGUAGGCAGACCCAAUGCUGAUAUUCAGUCGUUUUGUAAUUUUGUCAACCGUCACUCUUCUGUUUUGAAGAAUCUGUUCCAUAGCUCUUUCUUCAUUCUGUGUGGCUGUGGUUGGACGGCCCGAGCACUUGGCAUGAAUCACACUCAGAUGGCUACUUUUAGACUUCAGUCCACUCAUACAGAAUUCAGAGAGAGAGAGCAUUGGCUCCAUACUGAGCACACAUGCUGAUGAAUCUGUCCACAAAGACCACUUCACAGCAACUCUCAACAGGCUUUCCUUGCCAGCUAGUCACAACACCCUACAAUACCCGUCCCCCUCUUUUCAAAUACAUAAAAGUGCAGAAACGUUUUGAAGAUUCCUCAUACAUUCUUUACAAUCAUUAUCACUUUGGUAUGUGUACAAAUUUUGCAAAGUGACCAUUUUUUACAUAAAAUGCAAAUCACAGAGGGCACAGUACAUUACUUCCAAGUGACACAGCUACAAUUCUGAAAUCAACAGCAAAUUACUCUGCAGAUUCUAUUACAAGCAGAGGAAUUUUGUCCUGACUGGAAACUGGAGCAGUGUUGUCUUGCAUGCAGCCUGAAAACUAUCUCAUUGCACCUUAGAAUUCAGCAGUGAGUUUUCUUUCAUAUACUUCUGCUAAAAUUGUUUAGUAUGAUUAGUUCCAAGGGUAAUGUAAGACCUCUGAGGAUAAAAGAACAAAACAAGGGACAAGACAGAACUGCCGAUGGCAUAGACACAAAGCAACGACUGGAAUGAAAUCGACUGGCGACUGAUUAUCCAGGAAAAUAAUGCACUAAACGCCUUGAAUAUGUACAUAAGUUAUACAGUUCAUUUAUCAUUCAGUACAAUG